AUGGAUCAAGAUAUGGAGCAACAGAUGGAGCAGGAGCAUGUUCAGGAUGCAGAACUGGAGCAAGGGCAGAGACAAGGCCUGAAGGCAGCCAAUAGAUUCAAAGUGCACAGAAGUACAGUGAGCCGCUUAUGGGGAAUAGCCAAACAGCAAAUUUCAGAUGGAGAACCUGUUAUCAUGAGGGGUAGAGCAUCAGGAUAUACUAAGAAAUCAGGUAAAGUACAUUUUGAUGAUGAAAAAUUCAAACAAUUGUCUUUUCUUGAGAGGUCUUGCUAUAGAAAGCUUGCAUAUAAAAUGGGAGUUAGCAAGACCACAGUUGGUAGAUGGGCAAAGAGUCACCUGAUAAGGCCACAUACAAAUGCCAUAAAACCAGCACUUACUGAAGCAAACAAGAUUAGUAGAAUGAGAUGGUGUCUUACUCAUAUUCAGCCAGCUUUGUAUGGAGGGAAGCUUCUUUAUCAUGCUAUGCACAACACAAUUCAUAUUGAUGAGAAAUGGUUUUACAUGACAAAAGCUUCAGACAGAUACUACCUGUUGCCGGAUGAGGAUGAGCCUUACAGGGCUUGCAAGUCAAAAAGAUUCAUCACAAAGGUGAUGUUCAUGUGUGCUGUAAGUAGGCCACAGUUUGGCACAGAUGGUCAGACCAUCUUUGAUGGUAAAAUAGGAAUAUUCUCAUUCACAGAACAAGUUCCAACCAAAAGGAAGUCCAAGAAUAGGCCAAGAGGGACAUUAGAGACUAAACCUAUACCAUCAGUUAACAAGGAAGCAAUGAGAGAAUGUCUCUUGAAUCAGAUUAUUCCAGCAAUCAAGGCAAAGUGGCCAGCCAAUGCAAGCAAGAAUAUAUAUAUCCAACAAGAUAAUGCCAAACCUCACCUAAGAUCUUUUGACUCACAAUUUGAUGAGCUUGCAAGUUCAGAUGGAUUUAAGUUCCAUCUAAUUAGCCAACCAGCCAACUCCCCAGACACCAAUCAAGAUCCUAGAAGUGCAUGGGGGCAACAACUACAAAAUACCCCACUUGAACAAGGAAAGACUGAGAAGGACAGUGGGGCUUCCUACAUCCCUAGAAGUUGGGGAGAAUCUGGUCAAAGAGAGCUUGGAGUAUCUACUACUACCUCAGAAUGA